GUGUUUAUGUGUGUGGGGAAGUGAGGAAGUCGGUCAGGUUGUCCCGGGAAGGAUGGGUGGUACUGCCGCUGGGCCGCAGCUGGGUUCCUGUGCUUUUAAAUGCUUCGUAACAAGCACAAAUUCAACAGAUGGAGAUACAGUGAUGAGUAGCAUUGCCUCUUGAAUUUCUACCUGUCUUAAGACCGAGUUCUCAUUUUUUAGGUAGCAAUUGUUAAAGGAUUGUUUUGGUCAAUACUCAUUCAUCAAGCAAGUCACCUUUUGGAAUUUGAAGAUGACGACAACACUUUCAGUGUUGCAAGAGGAACUGACUUCUGUUGACAGUGAGCUGCAGGCAUUGGAGAUCCAAGUCCAAGAACUCCUUGAACAUCAGCAGGAGCUUCUUCAGAAGAAGGCAGUCCUGAAGAAGAAAAUAAAACAGUUUUCUGACACGGAGAGUGGGAGCAGCAAAGAUGCUGAAUUGGCAGCUGAAGACUGGAACAAGGAAGAUUUUUCGUGGUCCACGAAGGUCAGAGAUGUGUUGCAAACUAACUUCAAGCUCGCAAAAUUUAGGCCUUUGCAACUGGAAACGAUCAAUGUAACAAUGGCAGGAAGAGAUGUGUUCCUUGUCAUGCCUACCGGGGGUGGAAAAAGCCUGUGUUACCAACUACCAGCAGUAUGUUCUGACGGCUUUACGCUUGUGAUUUGUCCUCUCAUUUCACUUAUGGAGGAUCAGCUAAUGAUGUUGGACCAGCUAGGAGUUUCUGCAACUUUGCUAAACGCCUCAAGCAGCAAGGAGCACGUGAAGUGGGUCCAUGCCGAAAUGCUCUCUCGCAGUUCGCAGCUCAAACUCAUCUACGUGACUCCAGAGAAGAUUGCAAAAAGCAAGAUGUUCAUGUCAAAGCUGGAAAAAGCUUACCAAGCAGGAAGGCUUACGCGCGUUGCCGUGGAUGAGGUCCAUUGCUGCAGUCAGUGGGGGCACGACUUCAGGCCUGAUUACAAAUUGCUUGGGAUCUUAAAGCGGCAGUUUCCCAAUGCGCCCCUGAUUGGAUUGACCGCGACUGCGACAAGCCACGUCCUGCAAGAUGCUCAGAAGAUCCUUUGCGUUCAGAAGUGCGUCACUUUCACGGCAUCGUUCAACCGCCCCAACCUGUAUUAUGAGGUUCGGCAAAAGCCAUCAACUGCUCAGAACUUCAUCGAGGAUAUUGUUAAACUCAUCAAUGGAAGAUAUAAAGGCCUUUCAGGAAUUGUCUACUGCUUUUCACAGAAGGAUGCUGAACAAGUUACUAUGAAUUUACAAAAACUGGGAAUUAAAGCAGGUACUUACCAUGCAAAUAUGGAACCCAGAGAUAAGAGCAAAGUUCACAAGCGGUGGUCUGCUAAUGAAAUCCAGGUUGUAGUGGCCACAGUCGCCUUUGGCAUGGGGAUCGAUAAACCGGAUGUGAGGUUUGUAAUACAUCAUUCAAUGAGCAAAUCCAUGGAGAACUAUUACCAAGAGAGUGGGCGUGCAGGUCGGGAUGACCAGAAAGCUGACUGCAUUUUGUAUUACGGUUUUGGGGACAUAUUCAGAAUCAGCACCAUGGUGGUGAUGGAAAACGUAGGGCAAAAGAAACUUUAUGAUAUGGUUUCCUAUUGCCACAACAUGACCAGAUGCCGUCGAGUCCUGAUAGCGCAUCACUUCGACGAGGCCUGGGAUUCCGCCAACUGUAAUAAAAUGUGUGAUAACUGCUGCCGUGAGGAGCCGUUUGAGAAGAUGGAUGUGACAGGGCACUGCAGGGACCUCAUCAAGAUUUUAAAGCAAGUGGACCAAAUGAGAGAGAAAUUCACUCCUCUGAAACUGAUUGACGCCUGGCUAGGGAAGGGUUUGUCAAAACUGGGAGUAGAUGUUGUGGCUCCUAAGCUUCCCCGUGAUGCGCUGGAAAGAAUCGUUGCCCAUUUGAUCCUGCAGCAGUACCUGAAGGAAGACUUCAGUUUUACUGCAUUUGCUACAAUAUCGUAUGUGAAGAUAGGGCCCAGAGCGGAAUUUCUGAAAAACGAGGCUCACAUUAUCACUAUGCAAGUGAUAUUGAACAAAAACAGUAUUGCUAAGGUCAGAUCGCCUCCAUUAUCCAGUCGGGGAAGCUCAGCUGGAAAAAAACUGGUGGCUACCCACAAAAAGCGGCCUCAUUCAGGAAACCCUAUCCAAGCAAAAAAGAUUAGAACUAAGGCAGAUGAAGAAGAUGAACUAGUGAUAAUAGAAGAUUAAGAAGGUGGAUUUCUCAGUGUCUUGUAUUAUCUGCCUAUAUGGAGGACAGGCCAGGGAUUAACAGGUGGGUGGGUGACAUUUAAAAAAAAACCCAAAAAUGAACGAUGUGCAAGAAAACCCAAGGAAACAAGAACACUAUAGGGAGAAGCGGCUGAAGAAAACAGUGACAAGUUGACCACUGCCUGUCAUGAGCUGCUUCCACUCCUGUACAGUCAUUUCAGGAAAGGAUACCCUUUGGAUUUUAAUUAAGGUUCUUGUAACCUGUAUAAUUCUAAAAAUGCACAAUAUUUAUUGCAUAAUGGAACUAGAGACUAAGUCAUUGUCCAGGGCUUUUGAAAACAUGGGGAGAUUUUUUUUUUUAAAAAAAAAGUGUUGGCUUUCCAGGAAUGCUUAAUUCAGCGUUUUCAUACAAUAUUCUUCUUUGCUGCUCAAAUAAAAAGGUACCCUAGAUGUACGGUUUGAACAUUCCCGCAGACUUUCAGGUUGCCUUUCCUUACCCUUUGCUUAAAGUGACUUCUCCUAUGGUCUUGACACUUCACCUACAUUUUGAAGCAGAUUUGGAAGUAAUGCAGAGCUUGGGAGACAGUGGAUCAAUUGCCUUUAAAAUAAGGGUGGGGUAUGUGUGGCUCUCCCCAGCAUAGCCCAUUGUGAGGGAUGAUGGGAGUUGCAAUCCAACAUCUGAAGGGCCACAUGUCACCCAUCCCUGCUUUAGAAGAAAGCUUAAAUUUGGGAGAAUAGUUGUUUGACUGGGAAGUCACUAUGGGAUCACUGGUUUACAUCUCUCAGAAAGACAAGAACCUGAGUGUAUUUAUACACGAUGAUGUUGCUUCUGUUGAGGAACCUCAAGUGAAAUGGGCCCAGUGUUUUAUAAAUGGUGAAUAAGUGUGAGGACCCAUUAGCUACUCCUUGUAUGUGUGAAAGCUUCCAUGCUUGUAUAACAUGGUAUACUUACAACAUAACAGGUGCCAGUUGUAGAUAUGAGAAGUGAAAGAUUGUGUGUAUCAUCCUUGUUGCACAUUAUGUUCCAGAUGUGACUGAUGGUGCACAAGCUUCCCUGUUUCCUUUUUAGACCUACAAAAGGCCCUUUUGGUUAAAUGUGAACUUACAAAUAGUUUUCAGCUCCAGGAAGAUGAAGUUGUGCUGUAUAGGUAGGACUCUAUUGAGGUAGCCCCUCAUUGUCUUUCAGUCUCAACUACAUGUCAGAAGUGCAUUCAGGAUUUAGAAUAUGCCUCUCCGUAGUGUAGUGAAUCAUGUUGGCACCGUGGUUGAAGUUUGUUUACUACAAAGAGUACUGUCCAUAAAAGGUUUUAUUUACAUA